AUGAACCCUUUCAUAUUAUGCAGAAAACUUAAAUUCACUUUGGAAAAUAACUCUUCAGGAUUACCAAUAUAUCUAGACAGAAGUACAGGUGUACUACGUGCAAGUCAAACACUAUGGCAAAAACAAAAAGAUAAAACACUAUUGCUAAAUGUAACUGUGAAGAGUAUUGAUAAUAUCAAGUUUAUGGACAGUGCAUUGGUUAUUAUCUCAUGGAAAAAUGAAUACGUAAACGAAAACAAUAACCACAAAACUAAUUACAAUAAACGGAAUUUCGUCCCCAAAGUGGAAGAAGAACAAAUGCUAAAAUUAGAGACAGAUACACGUUCAUUUAAAGAACCACAAUCUAUUGAACUUAUAUUAAAUCGAGAGGAUAUCAAACCCACAGAGAAUGUUUGUCAUGGUCAAGCAUGGUCAGUUACUGCGAAGAUUAUACUCCCUCCUGGUAAUCACACUCUUCAAAUUGAAUUAUUAGCACCAAGACACGUUAAUGAUGUUUGUGGUUACGUCAAAUAUUUUGGAGUCUCAUUUAUUGGUCACCAUGUAAAUAUUGGUGAAAUCAAUUUAACUACAGUAAAUCAUCCUGGAACUAAACUUGAUGAUCCGGAGAAAUUUCAACAAAUCACAUUAAAAUUUCAAAACGUAGAAGUUCAAAAAGCAUCAAGUCCAAUACCCGAUCCAUUUAGUAUAGAUCUGAAAUUUGCUGUGAUAAUCUUGGAAACUGUUAGUUUGCCUUAUAAUGCAACACUAAAAGCCGGUAUUCUUUUGGGAACGAAGGAUUUAGUAUGGGUUGGUUUGCUCAGAUUGAUAUAUUCGAAGACAUGUCCAACACUACCAAUUGAACUCAAUAUUUCCUCGUAUCCAAAGAAGAUGAUACCAACUGACAUCACUAUUGUGACUGCGGAUGUAUUUUUACCAAUUCUAAAGGAUAACUAUACUUUUUCGGUUUAUUCAGUGGGUCAGUCAGCAACAAUUGCCUCAUUGGGUUUGGAAAAAGGUGAGGGAUUCCAAAAACAUGAAGCUAAAUCUGUGAGGAAAACUACACAUGAAGAAGUACUGAUUGAUUCAAUUAUCACUAAAAGAAUUGAUAUAUUUGUCGAAGAACUACAUAAUAUCUACGGACUUCUUUACCAUGCUUCAAGAGAAAGCAAGACUGUUAAGUUGGUUGCUUACAUACAAAUAUUGAAUAAACCAUCAACUAGAGUGAUAAUUGGUUUUCGUGUUCACGCUUUUAACAGAAAGAUUAUUUAUACAGAAUGUAAUAUACCCAUUGUUGCAAAUUCUAAUGACAAAGGGAAGUUUCUGGCUUCAUACAUUGAAUACAAUCCAGCUGUAGUUGAAACAGAAAAGGUUAGUGAACUGAACUUUACAAUCAGUUUUCCGUCCAAAUCAAAGCAGAUGUAUUCACUUAAACUUAAAUUUGAUAAGCUUAUACUUGGCGAAAUAUGCUAUGCAACUAUUAUGAAUAUUGGCGCUGCAAUCAAGCAAAGGAUUAUUGGUAUGAGGCUGCACACAAGUUAUUCAAUGCAUGGAAUAAAUAAAUUGAGGUCGGAAGCCACAGUUUACCUGGGAUUAGUGGAAAACCCAACAAAUGACAUAACUAAACACUACAUUAUAUUACAUAUAAAAUUAAAGCCCCACCUACAGAAGAGUUUUCCUAACACAUUCUCAACAAACUUAAUAACUGAUUUUAUUUUAAGUUCAGGUCAACGAGUAACCUCAUCGGUGCCUUUUAACGUUACUACGUAUAAGCCACAAGUUAUUCCAUCUGAUAAAAGGCCAAUAGCUAUCCUAACUGUUCACAAUCCAACAACAAGCGUUCCUACAGAAAACUAUUAUACAACAUUGUUUGCUGUUAUCACAUGGUCAGAGAUGAUUAUAUACAGUUCAGUGAGCAUAAUUCUUCAAAUAUCUUCUCAUAAAUCGGUGCUAAUUGAACAGAAAUUUUGUUCGAUAGGUAAAGCCUUAGAAACAGUUGUCCCAAUUAAUGCUGAAACAUCAAUUAAAAAUAACGUUGGACUUAUUGAGCUACCGUCAGUUUAUGUACAAUCAGUUGGUAAUUAUAGUGAUGAAGAACGAUCAAUGACGAUAAAAUAUGUAAUAGAAAUCAAUGAAAUUACAAAUAUUACACUAGAUCUUGAUAUUCUAUUUAAUGGAGAAAAGAAAACAAAACAGAUCACAUUCGUACCUGAAUCUUAUACACCCCCACCUGAACUUUCUUUAGAUCAACAACCAUUCGGACUGCUGCAAAGUCUUCUAAUAAGUCGUGCAGAUAAUUAUCUCCAUCCAGAUUCAUUCAGCAUUAUUAUGGCAAGUGUAGUUAUUUCUCCAAGAGCCAGACAACAAUACUCCAUGAAAAUUGAAACAUCUAAACUUCCAAAUGAAGUCCAUUUUUUUGAUCCAAAAAUUUUGGAUACUGGUUUGGUAAUGGCAUCUCAUAAAUUUCAGUUUAAUGUGUCAAAUGACGCAGUAUAUGUAGGAAUUGGUAAUCAACAAUUUGAAGAUAACCAAAGUGCAGACGGUGCAGUUUCCAAAAGCGAACAAACAUCUAUUAACAUUAUGAUUCCGUUAAACGUUGGUUCAAGAGUUUCUAAUUCCAUUGACCUGAAGCUGAUUUUAUUUGGUGGAAAGGAAAAUUACGAAUUGCCAUUUAUGUUUAAUAUUGGUCCUUUGCAGACUAUGCCAAAUGCUGUUAUCUUAUCGAAAACACACAAAAUUGACGCCAUAAACUUUGACAAACAACCGGACCAUACCGAUACACCUCUUACUCCAGGCGAAAUUGGACGAAUUUACAAUCGAAUUUCUUUAAAUUUACCGAAAUGUGAAGAAUAUCAAAUAUCAUUUUCUACCUUACCUAACACUUCAUGGUCCGUUGAUAUAAUUGAUAUCCUUGUUAUGGAUGUUAGCAAUUACAUUUGGAUUACCGACUUGUCAGAUUAUCAAGUUAUCAAAUAUAGUAGACCUGGUUCACCCACAACUGAUGUGGCUUCAGUCGAACUAAAAAUAUGUGCACCUGCUGGGUUCGGAAAUGAGGUACGGGUUGAUGUAUUUAUUCGUCCAUGGAGUAGAAACAAUGAUAAUAAAUUGAAAAGUCAGCAAAGCGUUACAAUCAUUGGAAAUGUAAAACUUAAAAGCACUGGCUCUGACUUUGCUCUCGCCCCAUGUACAUUUAAUGUUUCUUCGGCGGCAAUUAUGGAGCAAUACAUUCUUGAAGAUAAUAAAUCUUUAAAUGAUAAACAGAUACUUAUUGUAACGGCUAAUACAACGGACAAUUACGCUCGAGGACCAGGUGAAACCACUGCAUUCACAUUCUUUAUUCAAGUCCCAGAAAAUUCUAAAUUACCAAACUGUUCAGUUGUAUUUAGUUCCGGUUAUAGUGAUAUAUAUAAUGAGUCAGAAUUGACUAUUUUGAAUGUAAAGAUAGAAUUUGGAAAUAUAUUUCGAACUUCACAAAGAGAAAAAUUUAAAGUUGAAUACACAUCCAAGUAUCCUGAUGGACAGAACGAUACAGCAUCAGUUGAUUUUGGCAACCUGGUCAACCCAAGCAAUUUUAAUGAACAAUUUAAAAGUAUCAUAAAAAUUAAUGUCAAUGCUCGUAUAUCCGAUAGCAGACUGGUAAAUAAUGGAUCAGAAAUAAAGUUAGUAAUGACAGCGAAUUUCGGAAGCUUGUCAGGAAUUACAGAAAUUUCUCAAGUAAUCAAAAGAAAUGGAAAUGAACGAGCAAUCAUUUCUAUGGAUUUACAGGAGAUACAUGAAGUUGGAAAAGAUAAACAAUUCUACGGUGACGGGGAUGUACUCAUGUUAAAUUUAAAAAUGAAAAUGGAACAGAACUCAUCACUCGAAUGUUCCAGGCAUACACUGAAUAUAUAUCCUGGAGUGAGUGUGGAAAAUGUAGACGUUUCACCUCAUCAGCCAAAUCUGUCAUUCUUGUACCACAUUGUGCCAAAUAUCAAAACGUCUGGUCCAUUUAUAUUUAAAGGUGGUUCCUUUCGCUUUGAUAAUGAAAUCUCGGUCAAAAUCUAUGCCCACUUCAAAGACAAAAUAUUUUUACCAUCACACAAAAAUACGGCGAAAUACACUGUCGUCACAGAGCUUGUUUGUAUUUCCACAAACCGACCUGAACAAUUUAAUCCAUACAUCAGUAGAUUCUUGAGUAAGAAAACCAUUACACUUGCUGACACAAAUUUCACCAAUAUUGCAACACAAAAAUGUGAUAAAGUUGUAAAACUUACAGAAAAGCAAAAUAUUCCUAAUUGUUCAGUUAAUUCAUUGUCUACACUGAGCAUACACGACAUUGUAAGAGGAUCACAACCAAAUUCUUCUAUUUCUCAUCAACCUAUAACCAUUCUCUUUGAUCAAUUAGUAAAGGUCAGUCAAAUUAGACCGAUUUCAUUAGAUUCAAAUAAUAAAAUAAAAAUAUUAAACAUUUCAACAACUACAGAUGGAAUAUUAUUCAAACACAUUCUGACGAUGAACAAGAGUAUAGAACAGCCGGAUUUGGAAAAUAUGUACUUUGAUCCUCCACUUAAUACAAGAGGGUUACAUUUUAUUGCUGUUGAUGCUGAAGAUAAUACGCAAAAUGCAAACUUUUCAGUUGCAAUUUAUGGUUGUAAAGCUAUUUGGGACCCUUUAAACUUCGAUCCCUGUUCAAAAAAAUUUAUUGAAAAAGACAAUGAAAACAAAUUCUUAAAAACUAUAUUGAUGACUAAAGAAUUUAUCUUCUAUUGUGAAGUGUCACCUCUGAAAAUUAGAAACAUUACAAAUGAAAAGCAUUGUUAUAUAGUUACAGGAUCAUUUCCAAUUACGGUGACAGACAUGGGACAGGAAAUAAACGAAAUUAUCAUGUUACUUAAACCAAGCAAUAUUAUCGUAGGAAGAAACAGUCAUAAUAAUAGUACACUUAUAAGUGAGAAUAUGGGAAAGUCAUGGAUAGUUACAAAUGAAUGGAAAUUGAAGAAUAUGUUGUCGCAAUCAUCUGAGAUUAUUAACUCUUAUGAUACUCCAUGGUUCAAUGUUCAAAAUAAAUCCAGUGACGAUUUUACUAUUAGUCUAUGCAAUUCAACUGGUGAUCCAUGGAACUUUUGUUACAACGGCAUAUCAUGGGGCGAUCAACUGAUCACAAAUUGGAAUGAUGACCACAAAACUUAAUUUAAAAUUCGUUCCUUUUAUAUACAUAUUUUAACUAUUAAACCAAGAAUGAUGUAUGAAAUAUAUAUGUGACAUUUUUAUCAUUCUCAUUAUAAU